UGAAUAAUUGAGUUUCAAGAGACAGUGUUUGUGUUUAUUAUUUACAAUUUAUUUAUAAAAAUAUUAAACCAUUAUUGAGUAAUGCAAAGAUUUACAGUAACUGUUUAACAAUGGACAUAAUCGAACCUACACCCGAAGCUUUGCAAAGAAAAUUAUAUUUUCUUUUGGAACAAUUACAAGACAUGGCUAGAGAAUUACCACCCAAAUAUCAAAUGAGGGUCCCAAUAGAACUAUUGUCAGGACUUGCUAAUUGCCUUCUGAAUGAUACAGUUUUUGAAAUAGUCAAAGGUCUUAUGGAAAUUCAACAUGUCACUGAAAAACAUUUAUUUCAACAAAGGCUUCAAAUUAUUAACAGACAUACAAGUGAGAAAAUGAUCUUUCAAAUAACCAUUUUUAAAUGGCAAGUUUAUUCUAAGUUGCAAAUUAGUAUAAUAAUAAAUAAAAUAUAUUACAUUACAGAUGAAAUUCAAACUAUGAUAAACUCUACUCCUAAACUGGAAGAUCAGGAAUUACAAAAACACAUUUUAUUGAAGAGACACAAGGAAGAACUGAAGCAGACUGAUAUGAAGUUAGUUAUACAAUUAGAUCAAAAGGUCAGUGACCAACAGGAUACCUUAGAAAAAGCUGGAGUCCCUGGAUUCUUUGUUACCACCAAACCAAUAGAAAUAAAAGUACAAAUGUACCUGUUAGAUUUUAUUUUAAGACUGAGUAAAAUGGAUAUUCCUCAAGUUUGAAUAUAAGAUUAGAUAUAAUAUACUCUGAUAAGUUGGUGUUUAGAGAAGAGGUAUGUGUGCAAGAAAUGAAUAGAUUUUUGGUUUAUCUGCACAUUAAUCAAACAACUGAUUGAAAUGGUGAAAGAAGACCUUGUUAGCAAAGCUGUACGUCUAAGAGUCAAAUGUUCAACAACA